UCCAUCUCUCAUAUUGUCCUCUUCUUGUCACCCUCUUCAGUAAUUCUUGCGUAUCGGUUCUCUUGCUUCGGUUAUCCUUCGCAGCCAUGCCUUCAAUCGUUCUCAGUCUGCGAACAGCAGGACAUCUAGCCAGAAAUGGCUCAAAGCCUCAUACCCUACUCCGCACUUUCGCAUCCUCGGCCAGAAGAUCAGAAAUAAACAAGGUCUAUUCCUCAGCUGAGGAAGCUGUCAGCGACGUCAAGGGCGACAGCACACUACUCUGCGGUGGCUUCGGUCUUUGCGGUGUACCAGACACGUUGAUCAAUGCUGUCAAGAACAAGCCUUCAAUCAAGGGCUUGACAGCUGUGUCAAACAAUGCUGGAAUCGUCGGCUCUGGUCUCGGUCUGCUUCUCGAGUCCAAGCAGGUCAAGAAGAUGAUCGCAAGUUACGUUGGAGAGAACAAGGUCUUUGAGAAGAUGUACCUAACUGGAGAGAUUGAGCUUGAGCUCACACCUCAAGGUACUCUUGCCGAGAGAUGUAGAGCUGGUGGUGCUGGUAUUCCUGCCUUCUUCACCCCAGCCGCCUUUGGAACCAUUGUCCAGACUGGAGAGCUUCCAACAAUACACAACAGCGACGGAUCAGUCGCGCAAUACUCGACACCCAGAGAUGUCAAGGUGUUUGACGGAAAGAGCUAUGUUAUGGAGGAGGCCAUCAAGGGUGACUACGCCUUCAUCAAGGCAUGGAAGGCAGACAAAUUGGGCAACCUCAUGUUCAGAUUUGCAGCACAAAACUUCAACGGUGCCAUGGCACGUAACGCAAAGGUGACCAUCGUUGAGGCCGAGCACAUUGUCGAGGUCGGCGAGAUCGAUCCCGCAUCAGUACACGUGCCUGGAAUCUACGUCGACCGUGUCAUUCAAGCAACAGAACCAAAGAACAUUGAGAAGAUAGUCAACGCAAAAGACCCCGCCGAAGCCCUCAACUCACUCGGAAGUGGUGAUGCGGCCAGUAAGCGCGAGCGCAUUGUGCGAAGGGCAGCCAAGGAGUUCAAGAAUGGAAUGUACGCCAACCUGGGCAUCGGCAUGCCAAUGAUGGCACCCGCUUUUGUAGAUGAAAGCGUCGAAGUCCAACUCCAAUCAGAGAACGGUAUUCUUGGUCUGGGUGCCUAUCCUCAGAAGGGUCAGGAGGAUCCCGACCUCAUCAACGCCGGCAAGGAGACAGUCACAUUGCGCCCUGGUGCCUCAGUCUUCGGCUCAGAUGAGUCCUUUGCCAUGAUCCGCGCCGGCAGAAUUCACAUGACCAUGCUUGGAGCCAUGCAAGUAUCAGCAAGAGGCGAUCUCGCCAACUUCGCCAUGCCCGGAAAGAUCAAGGGUAUGGGAGGAGCCAUGGACUUGGUGUCCAACCCUGAGAAAACAAGAGUGGUUGUGACCAUGGAACACACUGACAAGAAAGGUGGUCCCAAGAUCAUGAAGAUGUGUGAAUUCCCCCUGACUGGCAAGGCUUGCGUUUCGAGAAUCAUUACCGAGUUGGCUGUGUUUGAUGUUGACUUUACGACUGGUUUGACUUUGAUCGAGCAUGCUGAGGGAGUCACUGUGGAGGAGAUCAAGUCAAAGACAGAGGCACCUUUCAAGGUUUCCGAGUCACUACAGGUUAUGCAGCAGUAGAUGUUGAUCAAAAGCAAACUUACGAUAACACUCUUUGUUAUCAAGACAGUGAAUGUGAUGAUGACUUUUGAAAUGAUGUUUUUACAAGUGAUGUACAAAAUGCUCUUCCUAGGACGCAGCUGGAGUUGCUGACCC